GGACUGAGGACCACAAACCCCUCCCUCCCUCUCUCUCUCUUUUUCUCCUCACCACCCUUUCCUCGCCUCUUUUUCACCAGUCUCCACUCCCCCUCACUCCCUCAAGCCAUGGAUCGGACCCCGUCCGAUACGCAGCGGAGCUCCAAGUAUAAGGCGUCGGCCGCCGCCUACGCCUCUGUGGCGACGGCGGAGAACGGGGAUUUGGAGGGAGAUGAGGAGGCGGAGGAAAGAAUUCAGCCGCCGUCGAUUCAGCCACCGAUGAUAAGGGGGAGAGGAGGUGGAGGCGGAGCUGCUGGCGGAGCGGCGUACCCGAUCUGCCAGGCGGAGAAGUGCACGGCCGAUCUGACCGAAGCGAAGAGGUAUCAUCGGCGACAUAAGGUCUGCGAGGCGCACGCCAAGGCGGCGGCGGUCAUCGUUGCCGGACUCCGGCAGCGGUUCUGCCAGCAAUGCAGCAGAUUCCACGAGUUACCAGAAUUCGACGAAGCUAAGAGGAGUUGUCGGAGGCGCUUGGCCGGCCACAAUGAGCGGCGAAGAAAGAGCACUUCCGAGUCUCAGGUUGAAGGCUCGAGUCGCUGCAUGCGGGCCGAUCAAGACGGGAAGGUGCCGAUGAGCCUGCCCGGAAAUCAAAAUUACAAACAUUUUCAAAUCAGAUAAGCAUUUCGACUAUAUCUGUUCAAGCAUGCUUGCUCUCUUCUGUCACUAGAUGGCUUCUGUAUUAUUGCUUAUGCGUACUCUAAGAAGUGUAUUUAUUCAACUUUGAAGCUCUGUAUUCUUGAUUAUAGCUACUUGAUAUUUUGAUAUUGGCAGAUCUAUUAUGAGCAAUUUGCUAUGUAAAAUAGCUUGUAAAGUAUAUAAUUUUUAGGUA